AUGACUUCAAGUUUGGAGCGGCAACAUCCGCAUAUCAGAUCGAAGGAGGAUGGAAUGAAGAUGCUACUCAUUCUAGAACAGAACGGGGACGUUGCUUGCGAUUCUUACCAUAAGUACAAGGAAGAUGUUCAGAUGCUGAAGGCGCUCAACGCGGACGUGUAUCGAUUUUCCAUAUCCUGGCGACGGGUGUUGCCUAACGGAGACCUCGACGUCAUCAACCAGGCUGGUAUCGAGUACUACAACAACCUUAUCAACGAACUGCUCGCCAACGGAAUUCAGCCUCUGGUAACGAUGUACCACUGGGACCUCCCCCAAGCACUGCAGUACAUCGGAGGCUGGUCCAAUGAGUUGCUGGCCGACUACUUCGUUGAAUACGCCAGGAUAAUCUUCCAGAACUUCGGAGAUAGGGUGAAAUGGUGGAUCACCUUCAACGAGCCCAGUCAGUUCGCGAAUGGUUACGUCGUGCCGUGGACCGCACCAGGUCUGCGAGCACCGGGCAUUGGCGACUACCUGGCCACACACACCGUCAUCAAAGGUCACGCCCGAUUCUGGCACCUCUACGAUAAGCAGUACAGAGCCACACAGAACGUCAGGAUGGGGAUUAUCCAGCUGUGGUUCGGCAGUAAGUGGAUGCCAACAGUGAAGCUGAGGGACGGCCCCGAUCAAGGCUACCAACCUUCACACAGGAAGAGAUCGAGUACAUUAGGGCAUCAUGCUUGGGGACUUCGGAAACAACUUAACUGGGUUGCCACUCAAUAUCCAGGACAUCCGAUCAUUAUAACAGAGAACGGUCACUUGAAUCUCGGAGGACGCAACGACACUGACCGCAUCGAGUACUAUACUGAAUACCUCGGAGCCGUCUUAGAGGCGAUAUACACUGAUGGUGUUCCAGUUAUCGGCUAUACGGCGUGGAGUCUCAUGGACAACGUGGAAUGGAACAGGGGUUUCACGAUUACGUUCCGGCUGUACGCGGUGGAUACUAGCAGUCCAAACAGGACGAGGACACCCAAGGAAUCGGUUGGCUAUAUGGCAGAAGUCUUCCGCACCAAGCAGCUGCCCAGCCAGUACAAAGAGUAG